CCGCCGUCGGUAGGUGCCCCGGGCCGUCGCAGGAGCCACCUGUGCGUCCACGUCUGGGGGGUAUAGCGCCGGACCCAGCCCUUUCCUUGCGUCCUUUCACUCUCCUUCACAGCAGCCCCACGGGGGGAUUUGUUGACUGGCACAUCUUCUACCAGUGAUGGGAAGUGAUCCUCCGUGGUGGUGCUGAAUCUCUGAAUAUGAUUCGAAUUGCAGCCUUAAAUGCCAGCUCCACAGUUGAAGAUGACCAUGAAGGAAGCUUUAAAAGUCACAAAACCCAGACAAAGGAGGCCCAGGAAGCAGAGGCUUUUGCCUUAUACCACAAGGCUCUGGAUCUACAGAAACACGACAGAUUUGAGGAGUCUGCGAAGGCCUACCACGAGCUCCUGGAGGCACGCCUACUACGGGAGGCAGUUUCAUCUGGAGAUGAGAAAGAAGGGUUGAAACACCCUGGACUGAUACUGAAAUAUUCCACGUAUAAGAACCUGGCUCAACUGGCAGCCCAACGAGAGGAUCUGGAGACAGCCAUGGAAUUCUACUUGGAGGCAGUGAUGCUGGAUUCCACAGAUGUCAACCUCUGGUAUAAAAUUGGACAUGUGGCUCUGAGGCUCAUCCGGCUUCCCUUGGCUCGCCAUGCUUUUGAGGAAGGACUUCGGUGUAAUCCUGACCACUGGCCUUGCUUGGACAAUCUCAUCACUGUCUUGUACACCCUCAGUGAUUACACAACAUGUCUGUACUUCAUCUGCAAAGCACUGGAGAAGGAUUGCCGAUAUAGCAAAGGUCUGGUCCUCAAGGAGAAGAUCUUUGAAGAGCAGCCUUGUCUCCGGAAGGACUCACUCCGAAUGUUCCUCAAGUGUGACAUGUCUAUUCAUGAUGUGUCAGUGAGUGCAACUGAGACACAGGCCAUCAUAGAUGAGGCUCUGGGGCUGCGAAAGAAGAGGCAAGCAUUGAUUGUACGAGAGAAGGAGCCAGACCUGAAACUAGUGCAGCCUAUUCCUUUCUUCACGUGGAAAUGCCUUGGAGAGAGCUUGUUGGCCAUGUACAACCACCUCACCACCUGUGAGCCCCCAAGACCUAGCCUUGGCAAGAGGAUUGACCUGUCAGACUACCAGGACCCCAGCCAACUACUAGCACCCUCUGUAGUGGUGACCCCUGUCAGCAUGAUCCAGCCAAGUCCUGUCAGUACCAACCCAGCUGUUGCUGUGGCUGAACCUGUGGUCUCCUACACAUCUGUGGCCACAGCCAGCUUCCCAUUGCACAGUCCUGGCCUGUUGGAUACAGGCACUCCUGUGGGUGAUAUUUCUGGGGGAGAUAAAUCUAAGAAAGGGGUAAAACGGAAGAAGAUUUUAGAAGAGAGUGGAGAGACAGCAAAACGGAGGUCUGCCCGUGUCCGAAACACUAAGUGCAAAAAAGAAGAGAAAGUAGACUUCCAGGAGCUUCUGGUGAAAUUCCUGCCAUCCAGAUUAAGAAAACUGGAUCCUGAGGAGGAAGAUGAUCCCUUUAAUAACUACGAAGUUCAGUCGGAAGCCAAACUGGAGAGCUUCUCAAGUAUGGGGCCUCAUCGAUUGUCUUUUGAUUCGGCCACGUUUAUGGAAUCUGAGAAGCAGGAUGUACAUGAGUUCCUGAUGGAGAACCUGACCAACGGGGGCAUCUUGGAGCUGAUGAUGCGCUACCUGAAGGGCAUGGGCCACAAAUUCUUGCUGAGGUGGCCACCAGGCCUGGCAGAAGUCGUGCUUAGUGUCUACCACAGCUGGAGGCGGCAUAGCACCAGCCUGCCCAACCCAUUGCUGAGGGACUGCAGCAACAAGCACAUCAAGGACAUGAUGCUGAUGUCUCUUUCCUGCAUGGAACUCCAGCUGGACCAGUGGCUACUGACCAAAGGCAGAAGCUCUACAGUGUCUCCUCGGAACUGCCCUGCUGGUGUGGUGACAGGCAGGUUUGGGCCUGAUUUCCCGGGAACCCACUGCCUGGGUGACCUCCUGCAGCUGUCAUUUGCCUCAUCCCAACGAGACCUGUUUGAGGAUGGCUGGUUGGAGUUUGUUGUCCGUGUUUACUGGCUGAAGGCUCGUUUCUUGGCACUGCAGGGAGACAUGGAGCAAGCCCUGGAGAACUAUGACAUCUGUACAGAAAUGCUCCAGAGCUCUAGUGCCAUCCAGGCAGAGGCUGGGGCUGAGCAUAGGAACAUUGUCAUCCGGCUGCCCAACCUUCACAAUGACUCUGUUGUUUCUCUGGAGGAGAUUGAUAAGAACCUGAAGUCCUUGGAAAGAUGCCAAUCCCUGGAAGAGAUUCAGCGGCUAUUUGAGGCAGGUGACUACAAGGCUGUGGUGCGUCUGCUUCGGCCCACUUUAUGUACCAGUGGAUUUGAUCGGGCCAAACACCUGGAAUUUAUGACUUCCAUUCCUGAGAGGCCUGCCCAGCUGCUUCUGCUGCAGGACUCAUUGCUCCGGCUGAAGGACCACAAUCAGUGUUUUGAAUGCUCUGAUGUGGCUCUGAAUGAAGCUGUCCAGCAGAUGGUGAACUCAAGUGAGCCUGCAGCCAAGGAAGAAUGGGUAGCCACAGUGACCCAGUUGCUGCUAGGCAUUGAGCAGACACUCUCUUCAGACAGCAGUGGCAGCAUCCUAAAGGAAUCAUCCUCCACAAAUGGCCUUGUCCGGCUCACCAACAACCUCAUUCAGGUCAUUGACUGCAGCAUGGCUGUACAAGAGGAGCCCAAGGAGCCCCAUGUUUCCUCAGUGGUGCCCUGGAUCAUUCUACACAGGAUCAUCUGGCAGGAAGAAGACACCUUUCGCUCCCUGUGCCAACAGCAGCAGCUCCAGAACCCAGCAGAGGAAGGGAUGUCAGAGAUGCCCAUGCUCCCGUCUUCUCUCAUGCUGCUCAACACAGCUCAUGAGUACUUGGGCAGGAGGUCCUGGUGCUGCAAUUCAGAUGGGGCUCUGCUGCGAUUCUAUGUACAAGUUCUUCAAAAGGAGCUUGCUGUAUCUACCUCUGAAGACACCCACCCCUACAAGGAAGAACUGGAGACAGCCUUAGAGCAGUGUUUCUACUGCUUGUACAGUUUCCCCAGCAAGAAGAGCAAGGCCAGAUACCUGGAGGAACACUCAGCCCAGCAGGUGGAUCUUAUAUGGGAGGAUGCCCUGUUUAUGUUUGAGUAUUUUAAGCCCAAGACCCUCCCUGAAUUUGAUAGCUACAAGACCAGCACUGUUUCUGCUGACUUGGCCAACUUGCUGAAAAGAAUUGCAACCAUCGUGCCCCGCACAGAGAAGCCAGCUCUGAGCCUGGACAAAGUCUCUGCCUACAUUGAGGGAAUCUCAACUGAGGUGCCCUGCCUUCCAGAAGGGGCAGACCCCUCCCCUCCAGUGGUGAAUGAGCUGUACUAUCUCCUGGCUGAUUAUCAUUUCAAAAACAAGGAACAAUCCAAAGCCAUCAAGUUCUACAUGCAUGAUAUCUGCAUUUGCCCCAAUAGGUUUGAUUCCUGGGCAGGCAUGGCCCUGGCCCGGGCCAGCCGCAUUCAGGACAAACUGAACUCCAAUGAGCUGAAGAGUGAUGGGCCCAUCUGGAAACAUGCCACACCUGUCCUGAACUGCUUCCGGCGAGCUCUUGAGAUUGACAGCUCUAACCUGUCCUUGUGGAUUGAGUAUGGCACCAUGUCCUAUGCCUUACACUCAUUCGCUUCCCGACAGCUGAAGCAGUGGAGAGCCGAACUGCCCCCUGAGCUUGUGCAACAGAUGGAGGAUCGGCGUGACAGCAUGUUGGAGACAGCCAGGCACUGUUUCACAUCUGCAGCCCACUGUGAGGGUGACGGUGAUGAGGAAGAAUGGCUCAUCCACUACAUGCUGGGCAAGGUGGCUGAGAAGCAGCAGCAGCCACCAGCUGUCUACCUGCUGCACUAUCGACAGGCUGGCCACUAUUUGCAUGAGGAGGCUGCCCGUUAUCCUAAGAAGAUCCACUACCACAACCCACCUGAGCUGGCCAUGGAGGCCCUGGAGGUGUACUUCCGGCUCCAUGCUUCCAUCCUGAAGCUCCUGGGCAAACCUGAUUCUGGGGUUGGUGCAGAGGUCCUGGUCAGCUUUAUGAAGGAGGCAGCAGAAGGACCCUUUGCCAGGGGCGAGGAGAAGAAUACACCCAAAGCUUCAGAAAAGGAGAAGGCCUGCCUGGUGGAUGAGGACUCCCACUCUUCAGCUGGGACACUGCCGGGCCCCGGAGCCUCCCUCCCCUCCUCCUCUGGCCCAGGUCUGACAUCCCCACCUUACACAGCCACUCCGAUUGACCACGAUUACGUCAAAUGUAAAAAACCCCAUCAGCAGGCGACGCCGGACGACCGAAGCCAGGACAGCACAGCUGUGGCACUGUCAGACUCCAGCUCAACACAGGACUUCUUUAAUGAGCCCACAAAUUUCCUAGAGGGCUCUCGGAAGCCCUUCGCUGAGAAGAGACUGUCUGGGCUCAGUGCUCAAACAGGCCCAACUGGUAAAGACCUUCCAGGGCCCACAGAGGAAAAAGGGAUGUUGAACCUCCAGUGGGCCCGUGAUGUGUUGCUAGGCAGCAGUAUCCCGUGGCAACAACUGCAGCACAUGCCGGCACAGGGGCUCUUCUGCGAGAGGAACAAGACCAAUUUCUUCAACGGCAUCUGGCGGAUCCCCGUGGAUGAGAUUGACCGUCCAGGCAGCUUUGCCUGGCACAUGAACCGCUCCAUUGUGCUGCUGCUCAAGGUUCUGGCCCAGCUUCGGGACCACAGCACCUUGUUGAAGGUGUCUUCCAUGCUGCAGCGUACACCAGACCAGGGCAAAAAAUACCUUCGAGAUGCAGACCGCCAGGUCCUGGCACAGCGGGCCUUCAUCCUCACUGUGAAGGUGUUGGAGGACACGCUGAGUGAGCUUGCAGAGGGGUCAGAACACCCAGAGCCCAAGGCCUGUGGCCUCCCUGGAGCAAGGAUGACUACCGACGUCUCACACAAGGCCAGUCCUGAGGGUGGCCAGGAAAGCCUCCCCCACUCCAAGAAGCCACCUCUGGCUGAUGGCUCAGUGACAGGGCCUGAGCCAGGGGGCAAAGUGGGCCCUGCCAACCAAGUGCCAGUGACCGCAGACACAAGAGACAGCACAGACCAGGUUGGGGAACGGAAGGACAAAGAGAAUCCCCGAGUGGGGCCCAUUGAACCCAUGGAUAUGAGUGAAAUUGCUGUUUGCCACCCAGACUUGGAACGGAUGCCACCUCUGCUGCCAGGCCACCCCCUAAGGGACCGGGGCCCUGAGAGCCGGUCCACUGAGCUGUCCCUAGAGGAACUGAGCAUCAGCACCCGGCAGCAGCCCCCCCCUCUCACACCAGCCCCCACAGCCCCCACCACCACUGCUACUCCCACGACUGCCAUGGGGGUCAGGGGAGGUAGCCACCCUGAGGAGCCACCCCCGAGGCCCAAUCGCAAGAGGAAGCUCCUGGAGGACACAGAGUCGGGCAAGACACUCCUACUGGAUGCCUACCGAGUGUGGCAGCAGGGCCAGAAGGGCAUGUCUUACGACCUGGGCCGCAUUGAGAAGAUCAUGUCGGAGACUUACAUGCUUAUCAAGCAGGUGGAUGAGGAGGCUGCGCUGGAACAGGCUGUGAAGUUCUGUCAAGUCCACCUUGGGGCUUCUGCCCAGAGGCAGGCCUCAGGGGAUACACCCACCACCCCCAAGCACCCCAAGGACAGCCGAGAGAACUUCUUUCCUGCAGCGGUGGCCCCCACAGCACCUGACCCCAUGCCAGCUGACACUCUCCAGCGACCUAGUGACCCCCACUCCAAGCCUCAAACUUUAUUGGCUACUGCCACAGCUGUUAUCAGCUGCCCGCCCUCAGCAUCAGCCUCUACCCUAGAUUUGUCCAUAGACUCUGGAACUCCCCGGCCACACAGGCCUGAGGCUACUCCCAGUGUGACCUCUCUGGGUGCAGAGGAAGAAGAGCUGGCAGGAGUGGCAGAAGGCGCCAGCUUUCCGCCCCAGGAGCCACGGCGAAGUCAGCAGGUGAAGAUGGCUCCCACUGGUCCCCUAGCAGAGCAGCACUGCUGGUCAGUGGAGGCUGCCCGUCAGACAUGCGCUGAGCCCACCUGCAGCCAAGUCACCAGCACUAAGGUCCCCUGCAGUGGAAAUGCCCAGACACCAGAGAGCCAUCAAGGCAAGGCUGAAUCCAGCAGGGCCAAGUCCCGCUUCCUGCCCAACAUGCCAAAGCUGGUGAUCCCUUCGGCCACCACCAAGUUUCCUCCUGAGAUCACCGUCACACCGCCUACCCCAACCCUGCUUUCCCCCAAAGGCAGCAUCUCGGAGGAGACCAAGCAGAAGCUGAAGUCGGCUAUCCUGUCUGCCCAAUCAGCUGCCAAUGUGAGGAAGGAGAGACUGUGCCAGCCAGCCCUGGAGGUCCUGGAGACAUCCAGCCAGGAGUCCUCACUGGAGAGUGAGACAGAUGAGGAUGAUGACUACAUGGACAUAUGAUAGGGUUCACCCAGAUGGGGAAGAGCUAGGCCUGGAAUGCCCCUUUGGUCCACACCCUGGGCAGGGCCAGAAGCCCAUGCGAUGUACCAUUCUCCAUGGUCUCCCAAGCCUGUCCUGCCCGUUCGUAGCAUCCCUGCUCCCAGACAUGGACUGUCCCUGCUUGUUUGUGGUGUGGUAGUCCAAAGGAAGACCAGACCUGUCUGAGCCGUGUGAGGAUGGACUGGUCAUGAUCUGCACAGCCAGGGCGGAAUACUUUUUUUAUGCAAUGUUGACUUUUUAGCAAGCCGAGCUGGCCAGGUUCUUCUUAGGUCCUGGUGGAGAGAUCAUCUAGGACCUGGUUCAUCCCACAUCUUUUUUUGUUUUCUUUUCUAAUAAAGAUGGAAUAAUGAAA